AUGAGCAGCUUCUUAGACUACUCGGUGAUGAGCGGUGAAAGUGGCUCGUGCUCUGUCAGGGCUUUCCACUCGGACCACGGGAUUACAACUUUCCAGUCCUGCGCGGUUACGGUCAACAACUGCGGGACGGAUGACCGCUUCAUGGGGAGCAGGGCUUCCCCGGACGGCAUCACUCACCAGCCAGGGUCAUACCAGUCUCCUGCGGGAUCUCUGGGUCUCGCCUAUGGGGCCCAUCCGGCCUGCAGCUCCAGCUAUGGACCCCAAAGUUUCUGUGCUACAUACAACCAUUACGCGCUCAACCAGGAAGUAGACUCCACAGCAGGGUUCCCCCAGUGCGGCCCACUGAUGUACUCGGGUAACAUUUCCUCCUCCAUGGUGUCUCAGCAUCGCCAAGGUUACAGUGCCGCCCCCCUGGGUCAGCUGCAGUAUGCCCACGCUGCCUAUGGCGGCGGGCCUUCUGCACAGACCUUCGACUGGAUGAAAGUCAAGAGGAACCCACCGAAAACAGGCAGGUCCGGGGAGUACGGCUAUGGGGGUCAGCCGAACACCGUCCGGACCAACUUCACCACAAAGCAGCUGACGGAGCUGGAAAAGGAGUUCCACUUCAACAAGUACCUGACCCGUGCUCGGCGCGUUGAGAUUGCAGCUGCGCUGCAGCUGAAUGAGACUCAGGUGAAAAUCUGGUUCCAGAACCGGAGGAUGAAGCAGAAGAAGAGGGAGAAAGAGGGGCUGCUGCCGACUAAAGCUCCAUCCUCUGACCCGGGAGAGAGCAGUCGAGAGAAAAUGGACGAUGCAGCAUCAGAGAAGUCUAUCUCAGCUCCCUCUACUCCGUCUCCUUCAUCCUCCACGGUUUCUGAUCCUUACUCCUCCAACUAA